AUGAAAUCCAACGAGGAAUGGAUGAAGACGGCAAAUGCCAGAGAUCUCAUACGAGAACUUGAACUAGAAUGCUCGAAAAGUCAACAAGUUGCCGACUUGCUGCGCGACCGUCUUCAGAACAUUGGGAGCGAACUCAUUGACGCAAAGCAUACCAUCACAGAACUCCAAGCUGUUCAGUGCCAAAACACGUCACAAGUGCAGCAAAUGACCGGGAGGCUUGCCGUCAGGGUGGACGAGGUCUCGGCAUUGACGAGUCAAUUAUCGGAAGAGAGGAAGAAUCAUCGCGAAGCCCUGCACGCGACAACUGUAUUGGAAAUGAAGAUCAUGACUGCUGAUGAGAGAACACAGGAUCUCGAGCAUUUGCUUGCACAGAAAGAGUCUUCGCUCAUCGGGCUGCAAUUCGUGGGACAACAAAAUACUGAACUGCAGAAGUUGGUUCAAGAGAAGGAAGAUCAAAUCGCUACGCUGCGCACAGUGACAACGGAGUCUGCCGAACUGAAAGCUGUCGUGGCGCAGAAAGACAUACAGAUUGCUCAACUGAUUACUACUGCAGAUGUAAAUGAGGUACGAAUAGCAGACCGCGACGAGAGAAUCAAUCAAUUGCAGAAAGAAAUUGCCUGCGGUCGUCAAACGGUUCAAGAGCUCAUCAAAGACCUGAGCGUCGAGAAAACCAAGGGAUAUCAGCUAGCCAAACAGAUCGAAGAUGCCGAUGAGGCGUUAGCGCGAUUGCGACAAGACUUCCAAAGUCAAUUGAAGGAACUGCAAGAAACUACGCUCCUUCAUAAGACGUUGGACAAAGAAUUCAAGAACCAAUCCCGUGAAUUAGACCUAGCUCGUCAGUCGACGGAAGAAACACGGAACCGUUUACUGAACGCCGAACAAGAGCAUACGCGAGCUAUUGUUACCCUGGAGUCCGGGCUGCAACACAGUGUUUCCGCGCUUCAGCAGGAGAAGGCGGCUCUCGAGACAAUCAUUAACGAGUUGAAGGAAGUCAUCAAGGCGAAAGAUGCAGAAUUUUUGAGUAUGCACGAAGACCUUACCGACCAACUCCAACGCGAUAAUGUGGCACAUUCGAACAAGUUGACUACAGAAGAACAGAGGCAUGCUGAAGUUAGAGUGGAGCUAGAUGAGGCAUACACUCAAUUGUCAGCCUACGAGAUGCGCUGCAAGGCAUUGGAAGAGCAAAUAGGCGAUAUGCAUGGCCAGCUUCAGACCGCUCAGUCGCGGUGCUCCGCCACGGAAGGCGAGCUACAAACUCUACGAUCUCGAGUGGCAUCCCUUGAAGCACGAGAACUCAAAAGUGCUCUGCGUGUUAGGACCAUCGAAUCGCGGUAUCACGCUGGGGAUCUCACAGACGAGGAGAAAUCCUUCGUGCAGUCGCUUGUUCAAUCGGCACAGGCAGGCUACGAGAAGGAGUUGGUUAGCAACCGCAACGAGUUGCGCCGGCGCGAUAUCGCUAUGAAAGAUUUGGGAGCAAAAGUGCAGCUACUCGAAGUCACCUUGGCGAAACAGGUCAACACGACAGAGACCUGCAGUCGACUACUGUCGACGACCCGGAUCACGCCACGACGGGCCCGUACUUUACUGGUCCUAGAGCUGAGGCGACCCAUGCUCGAGAGACACUCCCGGGACCCUCCACUUCCAAACUAG